AUGAAAUUAGAAUUGUAGGAUAUUAAAUAGAUCAUUGCCACUCUUGAAGAAACUGCAAAUAGAGAUUAAAAAUUCCAACUUAAACAAUUAAAAUAAAAAGUUAUCAAAUAUGAGGAACAACACAAAGUCAUUAUUAAAUAACUUAUUAAAUAAUCAAUUUCUGAACAAUUUGAUAGAUUGUCAAUGCAAGAAUCAUAAUUUCUUUAAGAAAAUUAAAUGAAUGAAUUACAGAAAAGUCAAUCUAAACUCAAACUUUCAUCAAAUUCAAUACCAAAUAGUCUUCCAAUAGAUAAUUAAAUAUUAAAUGUUCCAUCAAAGAAAUAAAGUGGAUUAUCAUUAUCUUUAAAAUAACCACUUCUUGAAUUAGAAAAUGAAUAAUUCUAAGAGAAAAGAGACUCUAAUGAUAAGGAUACAAAAGAAAUUGAAGAAUAAGUUGUAUAAUAAUUAAAUUAAGAAUAUAUAGAAUAUUAAAAUAUGAUUGUUGAAUAGGAGAAUUUAGAAAAAUAUAAUCAAGAAAUUGAUUAACUAGUCACAUUUUAAAAAAGUGACAAAAAAUGCUUCAAAUAUUCAAUAAUCAGUGCAAUUGUAUUAAUCAUCCUUGGUGUUCUAAUAUUUUUGAUAAUACAUUAUUUUUAUAUUAAAUGA